AGUGUAGACUCGAGGAACAGGGACAUUGGGAAAGAAAAGGGAAAGGAAGAAGAGAAAAGGAGGAGUGUAGAAAUGAAAAUCAAAGAGAAAGGGAAGGAAGAAGAAAAAAGGAAAAGUGUAGAUGUGAAAAUGAAGGAGAAUGGGAAAGACAAAGGGAAAGAAGAAAAAAAUAAAAAUGACCUGAAAAACAAGGAGAAUGAGAAAGAGACGGAAGUCAAGGAGGAAGAGACGGAAGUCAAGGAGGAAGAGCCGGAGAAAGAGAAGGAACAGGUCACAGAAGAGGUCAAGGAAAGCAGCAGCACAGAAAUGGUCAAGGAAAGAAGCAGCGCAGAACCGGUCAAGGGAAGCAGCAGCACAGAAAUGGUCAAGGAAAGCAUCAGCGCAGAACCGGUCAAGGAAAGCAGCACAGAACUGGUUAAGCGAAGAAGCAGCGCAGAAAUGGUCAAGGAGAGCAGCAGCACGUCGAUUAGAACCCUGUACCUGCCGCCGGUAAGGGACUUGGGACCCUCGCCUCCGAGGCCAGGCCGGUAUAGACAUCCAGACAGACCCACUGGGCUCUGUUACGUCAAGGCCGAAGAGACAAAUAAGCAGAUCCUAGUCCUAGGCCUGGAUGGAGCAGGAAAGACCAGUGUCCUCCACCUGUUGGCUUCCAACAGAGUCCAGCCCAGCGUGGCACCAACCCAAGGUUUCAAUACAGUUUGCAUCAGCACAGAAGACAAGCAGAUGGAGUUCCUAGAGAUUGGUGGGAGUGAGCCUUUCCGCUCCUACUGGGAUUCCUACCUGCCCACGGGAUGGCUGCUGAUCUUUGUGGUGGAUUCAGCGGAUCACAAACGAUUACCGGAAGCCAAGAAGUGCCUUCAUCAGCUAAUGGAACAAAAUCCAGCGCUCCCUCUGGUUGUGUUUGCCAACAAACAGGACCUUGAAGCAGCCUAUCACAUUACAGAUAUCCAUGAUGCUUUGGCACUGUCCGAAGUGGGGAGUGACAGGAAGUUGUUCUUGUUUGGAACUCAGGUGACUGGGAAUGGCUCAGAGAUACCCACUACCAUGCAAGAUGCCAAAGACCUUAUCGCACAUCUGGCCACAAAUACGUAG